AACCAGAAGCUAGAAAGAAGGCAUCCGGGUUGUGCAAAUUUCCGACACGUGGAUAUCCCGCGGCGCUUGCGUCCGGAGCCCGGCCCGGCUGCUGGACGGUCCCCGGCCACGCCCGCCGCCCUUCCCGAGGCCUGGCCCCUUCCCCACCCGACGGAAUCCAUGGGAGGCUGGAAGGUGGGUCCCCGCCCACGCCGCCCUGGGCCCGCCCUGCCUGGCCGCGGCGCUUGACCCCGUCCCGCAGUCCUCGUCGCGACCCGCCUGGGCCGCAGGACGCCGCGCUCGGGGGAGCUGAGCCACCUCUCCGCCAGGCCCGUGCGAGCGGUACAAAGAAAAGACCACUUCCCUGCUGGGGCAGAGGCCAAGCCAGAGCCCUCGCCCCAUCACCUCUCUGCCCUGCUUGAGUCUGGAAUGGACCUCCCUGCCUGGAAGCUGCAUUGCCCUUGGUCCUGGGCCUGCCUGCCCCCUGGGGAACACAGGCAGCAGCCACAGUGGCAGUGAGGCCGUGGCAGCGUCGGCAGCAGAGGAUGCCCCAGGCCCUGGAGCAUGCAGAUGGCAGCUGGGCCUGGGUGGUGCUGCUGGCCACUAUGGUGACCCAGGGCCUCACCCUGGGCUUCCCCACGUGUAUCGGCAUUUUCUUCACUGAACUGCAAUGGGAGUUCCAGGCCAGCAACAGCGAGACCUCUUGGAUCCCCUCCAUCCUUAUGGCUGUGCUCCACAUGGCAGGGCCCCUGUGCAGCAUCCUGGUGGGACGCUUUGGCUGCCGAGUGACCACGAUGCUGGGAGGUGUGUUGGCCAGCCUGGGCAUGGUGGCCAGCUCCUUCUCUCGCAACCUCAGCCAGCUCUACUUCACAGCAGGAUUCAUCACAGGCCUGGGCAUGUGCUUCAGCUUCCAGUCAAGUGUCACGGUGCUGGGCUUCUAUUUUGUCCGCCGGCGGGUGCUGGCCAACGCGCUGGCCUCCAUGGGCGUCUCCCUGGGCAUCACACUCUGGCCACUGCUCUCCCGCUACCUCCUGGAGGACCUGGGCUGGAGGGGCACCUUCCUUGUCUUCGGCGGGGUCUUUCUCCACUGCUGCAUCUGCGGGGCCAUCAUGAGGCCUGUGGCCACCAGUGUGGCCCCUGAGACCAAAGAAUAUCCCCCACCACCUCCCGAGACACCUGCACUUGGCUGCGUGGCCGCAUGUGGCCGGACCAUCCAGCGCCACCUGGCCUUUGACAUCCUGCGGCACAACACAGGCUACUGCGUGUACGUACUGGGUGUGAUGUGGUCCCUCCUGGGCUUCCCACUGCCACAAGUCUUCCUGGUGCCAUAUGCCAUGUGGCACAGGGUAGACGAGCAGCAGGCAGCCCUCCUCAUCUCCAUCAUUGGCUUCAGCAACAUCUUCCUGAGGCCCCUAGCCGGACUGAUGGCAGGACGGCCAGCUUUUGCUAGCCACCGCAAGUACCUGUUCAGCCUGGCAUUCCUGCUCAAUGGGCUCACUAACCUGGUGUGUGCGGCAUCAGGCGACUUCUGGGUGCUCGUGGGCUACUGCCUAGUGUACAGCGUGUCCAUGAGCGGCAUCGGCGCCCUCGUCUUCCAGGUUCUCAUGGACAUCGUCCCUAUGGAUCAGUUCCCCAGAGCCCUGGGACUCUUCACUGUCCUGGAUGGCUUUGCUUUCCUCAUCUCCCCACCACUGGCCGGGUUGCUCCUGGAUGCCACCAACAACUUCAGCUAUGUUUUCUUCAUGUCCAGCUUCUUCCUUAUCUCAGCUGCCCUCUUCAUGGGUGGCAGCUUCUAUGCUCUGCAGAAGAAGGAGCAGGGCCAGCAGGCUGUCGUGGCAGAUACCUUGGAGCAGGAUAUUUUCUUGGAAGCCAAAGACGGUCCUGGGAAGCAGCGGUCCCCUGUGAUCAUGUAUGUAACCAGCGUCUAAGACCCAGGGGUCACCUGUGUGACCAGUGUCUUGAGUCCUGGGGUCACUGAGUGAACACCGUCUCAGCCCAGCCCAGGAGGGGGACCUUCAGCUCCUUCACCAGGGGCUUGCGUGAAGAGCAGCCCAGGAAGCCCGGGCUGUCCAGGCUCUGCGAGCUGGGACUCUGCCAGGAACUGGGACCUUGGAGGAUGGCCUCUGAAGAUGCCCUGAAAAACUGUUUGUUUUUUUUUUGAGGCGGAGUUUUGCUCUUGUUACCCAGGCUGGAGUGCAGUGGCACCAUCUCGGCUCACCGCAAACUCUGCCUCCCAAGUUCAAGCGAUUCUCCUGCCUCAGCCCCCCCAAGUAGCUGGGAUUACAGGCAUGCAUCACCACUCCCGGCUAAUUUUGUCUUUUAGUAGAGACGGGAUUUCUCCAUGUUGGUCAGGCUGGUCUUGAACUCCCGACCUCAGGUGAUCUGCCCACCUUGGCCUCCCAAAGUGCUGGGAUUACAGGCAUGAGCCACUGCGCCUGGCCAGAGGAACCCUCUUCUAACUAGCAGAAUCCAGGAGUGGGCCCUCCCAACUUUUUUCCUUGGGCACCCAGGGUACUCGGGGCCCAGGAAGCCGGGUCUGAACCCUGCUCAGGUUUGUCCCGGCCGGCUCAGCGCAGCUGGCUGUGUGUUGCUGCUCCUACAGCUGAACGCACUGGACCUUCUCAUACAGCCUGGAUACCUCCAUCAUUUCUUUAUCUUUUUCUGGCCUCCAGACAGUUCUGAAGAGCUCACCUUCCUCCAGGUUCCUCCUGCCCUGCUCUUCCCAAGUGACCCAGCCCUCACCUGUAGGGCAGCCAAGGCUGGUGGUGCAGCUGCCCCCACGAAGGUCACUGGACCUCGCACCGAUGGUGAGAGGCAGUGCAGAGGUCCAGACUGAGGAGCUGGCUGGCUGGAUAGGGGCAGAUUAAAGGUUGAGUGGCACGCCCAUCCUGGCACCUGCGUGGAGAACAGGAGGGGGGACCCUGGCUUGGAUCCUAAAGUCUGAGGGCGCCCCUGCAGUCUCAGCAGGACCCACUCUAUCUAGGGGCUUCCUCCUUCCUUUCCCCACCCUGUCUCCUUGGCAGGGAGGAUUAGUGCUGGCUGGGGGAAGCCAGACUAAAGUCUGAGGGUGCCCCUGCAGUCUCAGCAGGACCCACUCUAUCUAGGGGCUUCCUCCUUCCUUUCCCCACCCUGUCUCCUUGGCAGGGAGGAUUAGUGCUGGCUGGGGGAAGCCAGACAUUUGACUGACAGAGAGGAAGGCUUGCCAGGCAGCCCGAAGACUGCUGUGAAAAUGGGGCUGCUUUUGCAAGAGAAGUUCUUUUACUCCCCAUUCCUGUCCUCUGGAGGCCCCUUCUCCCUGCCGUGUUAGAGGUGUCAACCCUGGGGUAAGUGGCAGGCUGGACUCACCCCUGCUGCCUGUACACCUAUGCCUGUGACCUGGAGGUCUGAGCUCCCCCCACACACAUUUUACUGGUGCCUUUCACUGAAGUCACCACCCAGGGGCUGGCUGUCAUCAGCCCGUUCUUGUCCCAGCAGGGUACCAAGGGAAUGAGAAAACAGAAUGUGUUUGAAUUAUACACAAAAAUGUUCCCUGCAGCAGGUCAUAAACUCUGUGAACUAAUGAAGCUGAAAAAACAGGGCUGGAGUACGUUUUCCCUCACCCUUCCUUUCCUGCCAGCUCAGCAAGGGGUGCUCAGGUUCAGGAUGUUGUUUGUUGAUUCAGGCUCAACCAGGCUCUGGCAAGAAAACCUUAUCAGGAGAUUUUAUUUUCAUGAACGGGUGCCAGUCUUCCCACCUGCCAUGUCCAGGCUGGCGUCAAUAAGCAUCUUUGGGGAUGUCCUGCCUCCUCCAGGACCAGCCAUGAGUGCCUCUUAUGGCCAAAGGCAGUACUGCAGACCAAGCAAAGGGCUCUGGGUUGGAAUAGCCCUACCUGAGUGCCUUGGACUCCGCCACUAUCUGCCAUGUGACUUUGGGCAAAUUGUUGACCACCUCUGAGCCUUGAAAAAGUAGCAGGUUACUUUGUUAGAGCGAAAUUUAAUUUAAUAAAAUAAAAUUUAAUUUUAAAAAA